GCUGCGGGCGGAGCGGGGCCGGGGGGCGGCGGGACCCCCCUCCGGGCAUCGGGAUCGGGACUAGGACUGGGAUCGGGACCUGGAUCAGCGCCUGGCCACCCCUCCUCGCCCGUCCCGUCCCGCAUCUCGCUGCAGUUGCGGGGUCGCACGGACCAAACGCCGUCCGGAAUGGCAGCCGAGGGAGAUAAACUUUGGGGAGGAAGAUUCAGUGGAAGCACAGAUCCAGUCAUGGAGAUGCUCAAUGCUUCCAUUUCCUAUGAUCAGAGACUGUCUGAAGUUGAUAUUCAGGGGAGCAUGGCUUAUGCCAAAGCCUUGGAGAAGGCUGGAAUCCUGUCUAAAACUGAGCUGGAGAAGAUCCUGGGUGGCCUGGAAAAGAUCUCUGAGGAAUGGUCCAAAGGAGUCUUUGUGCUGAAACCAACUGAUGAGGACAUCCACACUGCCAAUGAACGCAGACUAAAGGAGCUGAUUGGAGAUGUAGCUGGGAAGUUGCACACUGGAAGAAGCAGGAAUGAUCAGGUUGUGACUGACUUGAAGCUGUUCAUGAAGAAUUCCCUCUCUGUCAUCUCCACACACCUCCUGCAGCUCAUCAAGACCCUGGUGGAACGCGCUGCCAUAGAAAUCGAUGUCAUCCUGCCUGGCUACACCCACCUGCAGAAAGCUCAGCCCAUCCGAUGGAGCCAGUUCUUGCUCAGCCAUGCUGUUGCUCUGACCCGUGACUCUGAGCGCCUGGGGGAGGUGAAGAGGAGGAUCAACGUCCUGCCUUUGGGAAGCGGUGCUCUGGCUGGCAACCCACUGGGAAUCGAUAGAGAGCUUCUGUGCAGUGAGCUGGACUUUGCUUUCAUCAGCCUGAACAGCAUGGAUGCUGUCAGUGAGAGAGACUUUGUGGUGGAAUUCCUGUCUGUUGCCACCCUGCUGAUGAUCCACCUUAGCAAGAUGGCUGAGGAUCUCAUCAUCUACAGUACCAGUGAAUUUGGCUUUCUGACCCUCUCUGAUGCCUAUAGCACUGGCAGCAGCCUGAUGCCUCAGAAGAAGAACCCUGACAGUCUGGAACUGAUCCGCAGCAAAGCUGGACGAGUGUUCGGAAGGUUGGCUGCUAUUCUCAUGGUCCUCAAAGGACUCCCCAGCACCUACAACAAGGACCUGCAGGAGGACAAGGAGGCCGUCUUUGAUGUUGUAGACACCCUGAAUGCUGUGCUCCAGGUUGCCACAGGAGUGAUUUCCACCCUCCAGAUCAACAAGGAGAACAUGGAGAGGGCACUGAGCCCGGAGAUGCUGGCUACUGACCUGGCUCUCUACUUGGUUCGGAAAGGAAUGCCGUUCAGACAAGCCCACAUCGCCUCUGGCAAGGCCGUCCACCUCGCCGAGACCAAAGGCACCACCAUCAGUAAUCUCAGCCUGGAGGACCUGAAGAGCAUCAGCCCCCUGUUCGGCAGUGACGUGUCCCAGGUGUUCAGCGUGGUCAGCAGCGUGGAGCAGUACACGGCCCUGGGCGGCACCGCCAAGAGCAGCGUGUCCGCCCAGAUCGAGCAGCUCCGGGAGCUGCUCAAGAGGCUGAAGGAACAAGCUUAGAGUGUGGGGAGAGAGUUCAUAAACACUGGGGUGUCUGUAGUUCACCAAAACUCAUCUUGCGUCUUUGUUCUUCGGGGCCGGGGUUCCUCGGCCCUGGCGAGGGUUGGUGUGUGAACCUGGCAGAGGAGCUGGCUGUGGGGUGUUGAAGCUCUCGAGGGAUGGGAGGUGCAGAGCAGCAGGGUGUGUUUGUUGGGGGAGGCUGGUGUUUGUCCACGUGGUGCCUUCACACAUCUCAGCCAACCCGACCUUCCUGUUCCCAGCUCUUUGCUCCCACUCCCAGGCAAUAAAUAAAUGAGAGAGGCAAUAAAUAAAUGAUAGCCCCUAAGCAGUUACACAGUAAACAAACAAACAAACAAACAAAUUAGGCAAUUAAUAACUUUAAACCAAGUAAUGAAAUGAUAAAUAAAGUAGGCAAUAAAAUAACUUAAAACCCAUAAGCAACGACACAAUAACUCAGUCAAUAACUCAACAAUAACUCAAAUCAAUAAAUAAAAGUAGGCAACACUUAACCCCCCCUAAGUAACAAAACAAUAAAUAAACAGAUGGAUAAAUAAAU